ACUUUGCUCCACGACGUCGUUUCCUUCAAAAAUCAACCGGCGAAAUUCUUAAGCUCACGCGACGUCAUGCAAUUCGUCCAGGAGCGGGCGCAGACGGCGGAGCUGUCAUAUGGAACCUAACCAAGACGACGACGACGCCGGCGUCGACGAGUCAUCUCCCCAAGAAGAAAUGAUCACAACUUCAACGCACCAUUUCGGCGACGGAGAUGAUGCCUUCUCAGUCACUAUCAUUGAGAGUAUGAAAGAAGAGUACGGGUUAUUCGUGUGGCCAUGUAGUAUUAUUUUAGCUGAAUACGUUUGGCAACAAAGAUCCCGCUUUUCCGGGGCUAAUGUAAUCGAGCUUGGUGCGGGGACUUCUUUGCCCGGUAUAGUUGCUGCUAAAGUUGGCGCUGACGUCACACUCACAGAUGAUUCGAAUAGACCUGAAGUGCUGGAUAAUAUGAGGAGAGAAUGUGAGCUGAAUAAUGUGACAUGCAAAGUGCUGGGACUUACAUGGGGUGUUUGGGAUGAACCGAUAUUCACCCUGUGCCCAAAUAUUAUCCUUGGAGCUGAUGUCCUAUAUGAAACAAGUGCAUUUGAUGAUCUUUUUGCUGCUGUGGCAUAUCUGCUCCAGAAUUCUCCCUCUUCAGUUUUUAUAACAGCUUACCACAACAGAAGUGGGCAUCACCUGAUUGAGUUCUUGAUGGUUAAAUGGGGAUUGAAGUGCAUGAAGCUUCUAGAUGGGUUUUCAUUCAUGCCAGCUGACAAGGCAUCUGGAUUAAGUGGGAAUAUACAGUUGGUAGAGAUAAUUUUGGAUAAUGACAAACUAAGUUAGCAAAUGGUCGUGAUGCUUAUUGAGAAAAAUGCUGAAGCCAAGAUAUCAGCACAAGACACUACACCAGGGCAAAGAGCUUCCACUGCCUUCUUUGCAUUGUCAAUGACAUAGAACGCAUGCAAAGAUUUAUUAGGGGGUCCGUCCUUCUCAGCGCUGUUCUUCCCUUUGGAGUUCAACAGCACAGAAGCAUCACAACCCUUCCGAACAAGCAAGUCAUACAAAUAAAUAUGAAAGUGUUAACUAGCGACAAAGAGUCGAGUUAUGUGAGACAAUUCAAGCCAAAUGUUAACUAGGUCAUACAUACCCUGAUAAAACAAUCAUGAAAAUGCAUCCUCAGUAGUGCUGCAGGCACCGUGUUGUCUUUCUUUGCAGCAUCCUUUACAACCUCUGUUACAAUGCUUUCGGCAUUGGGGCAUGUCUUUUCAUAGUAAUUCAAACUGAGCGCAUGCCCUUGAGAGCAGACCAAACAGAUGAAGAGGGAGAUGGACAAUGAAACUAGGCAAGCCAUAGCACUAUACAGAUAAGGAGCUCUAGCAGGUAUCUGACGCUUUUGUCACUUGUGUUGAUAUAUAUAUAGGGAGGAAAAAGAAAGACAGCAUGAUUUGGAUGUUGAA